AUGUUCCGUCUGAUUCCUUGGUCUAUAGGGGGCAACAAGGCAGUUGCAGAAGAGGUGAAGAUGUUGGCUGUGCCGCAACAGACGCCGUCCAAUGUGAUGGGUGCUGCGUUACACAAGUUCAAGCGGAAGCGGGCGGAUUCUAGUGAAUUGGGGCCUGCUCGUGGCGAAAAUGGGGUAUUGUCAUCGAUAGUGAAGCCAGAAUGCCUCCAGCAGCACCCCAACCCUACCCUAUGCGCCCCAGAAGUACCGCACCUCCCUGACACCCCGGACGCGACCCCUGCUACAAGCCUGGCGCUUACCCAUGAGGAGAUAAAGAGCUCUAUGGAAGCGGAUUACGGUCAGCACGACGGAGACAUUGCCAAAGGAAAUUCCCCAACAAACGACGGGGCGGAGGAUCACCGAAGAAGUGCGACGCUGGAAACAAUGGACCCGGGAGCUUUGCGCGAGAUUCUGGAGACACAACUCAGUCUGGAGGUCCUCCUGAAGCAUAAUGAACUACGGCUUAUUGAUCAAGAGAUCGCAAAAUGUCAGAUUGCUUUGGAACAGCUUCGUCGCUGUUCAGAAAUUCCUUAUCCCGCAUCAGCUGUGAUCCCGUUCGCGCAGGAUGUCAGUAAAGGAACCGGGUUUGCGGUACCACUCCCAGGGAAUAGUCGACAAGCAACAUCACCCGCCCCAUGGGGAGUCACGAAUGGCCCUUAUAGCCGACAUUAUGCAAGAUGGCUGUUACCAGAUCCCCGUUUUGAUGGUGGUGACCCUGAAUCUGCUGUUUAUGGAGCAGGAGCGGGCAUCCCAGAAGGCCGCGCGACGCGUGGAUCAUGGGCUGAUGGGACGCCACGAACCCAGCGUAGCACUGCUGGAGCAAAAUUACAAGCUCUGUCGAGUGGCUACCCCCCACCUAAAGAUAAAGCUGGCCCCAUGAUCAUGAAACGAAAGUCUGAUGGAAAAAUGGUCAAAUUAGUUUGUCUCGAUUGUCGAAGGGACAACUUUUCGAGCACCCAAGGUUUUAUUAACCAUUGUCGGAUAGCUCAUAAUCGCAGCUUUGCAAGUCAUGAUGCAGCAGCCGCGGCGUCAGGGGAGCCGGUGGAGGUUGACGAGUCGGGCGCAGUGAUAGGUGGAAACAACGAAACUACUUCGAAUUCACCGCCUGGAUUUGUUCAUCCUCUAAUUCGGUCCGCUCGCGUCCUGAAUUCGCCUGUGAAGGAUGCUAUGCAGAAGCGGACUCCUGUAAGAGCUAUGCGUGAAAAUAAAUCUACAAUGCUUAAACUAGAGGACGGUUCAACAACAUCGGUGUCCAUAACCCCUCAACCCAGACUACGCGACUUGCCAACGUCUCCAGAUUUCAUAGCCUCUCCACAAACACCGCACCUCUCUGCACUUAUGCAAAGGCGUGGCGUUGGCUUGGAUCUUCUUCACCUUGUGGACGACGCUUUGACAAAAACGGACUUAGAUGCUUAUCUUUCAGAUGAGGAAGGCGAUGGGGACCUUAUGGAUGUGGACGCGCAGCCUACAACUGAAGCGGCACAGCAUCAGUUCCGAAGCACUCGUCUUCCUGCUCGGACCGUGGCUUUGUCGCCACCAGUCCCGUGCGCAAACGGCCGAAAGGGCUCUGAUAAAGGAUCCCGGCCCGUUCCCUCCCCCGCACCGCUCAGACCCGCAUCAGGUGCAGAAACGUACGAUGGGACUUAUGUGCCCGCCGCUGCGGCCAGAAUUAGCCCUCGAAGUGACCAGUCCCAGCUGGCAGAUGGAGAUAUUGAGAUGAUAGAUUCCCAUUCCCCCAACAAUGUCGAAUCAAACCAGGCUCCCAGUUUAGUUAGCGAUGACGACGAAUACGAAGCUCACUCCGAGUCUGAAGUCCCCAAUAGCCCAAGCGCCUCUGAGUCCGGACAUGAUGAUAUUUCCUUUGGCAAUAUUGCUGUGCAAGAUGGAUUUGAUGCUAAUGGAGAUGGUUCGACGGCAUCAACGGCGCCCGUGCAUUAUUCUGAACCAAAGAAGCGUCAACUAUCAGCUGUAUCAAGACCGCCCGCUGGCAGCCCCGUCAAACCCGUCAAGAAGGGGUCUAUCAGGCGUAAUCGCCCAAAUGGCCGGCUGGACGGAGAUAAGAAAGCUGAAGAACAAAAACGUGUCACUUUUGUUUCUCCCCCCGCCUCUCCUAUUAAAAAUAAAAAGGCCAGUGGUGGUAAAAAGCAACGAAAAAAAUAA